GAACUGACGCCGCUGCAUUCCGAAAGGCAUUGUUUAGUAUUUUUGGAGAACGAGAACUUCCUCCCAUCCGAACUUCGGACUCCCAUGAUAUGAUCACGGCAUGGAAGGCAUCCCCACAAACUCGAAAGGCUUAUGACGCACUUUUUGAAAAUAUGCCCGGAACAGAAAUCAAAUAUAUUGAAAGAGUAUUAGAAAAAACCUGUAAUGCCAAUACUCCAAUUCAUCAAAAAGCUUUUGCCAUCGUUACAUGCGAAAACCUUCUAAAUCCCGAUUUACCUGAUAUAAUUGGUAAAGAAAGAAUAAUAAAACCAUUAUUGCCUAUUUUUGAGGAACAAUUAAAAAAUAACAAUCUUCAUCGAGAAGAUAAUCUUUCAACUGAAGGUGAAGUUGAAGACGAAGAAGAUUACCCUUUCACAAUUGAUGAUGAAUAA